AUGGCACGCAGCUGUUGACUGGCUGUCAGACACCCGAGGAGGUUCACCACUGCCGCUGCUUUCCUCAGCCUCGGAGAGAGAGGGAGAGAGAGAGAGAGAGGACUGCCGUACUACAGCCCAGAGCAGAUGGUCCGGGAGCAGUAUGUCACCACAACGCAGGACUUCAGCGUGCCCAGCCCAAUCCCCGACCACGUCUACAAGAUCGGCAUCUACGGCUGGCGGAAACGAUGCCUCUAUUUGUUUGUGCUGCUGCUCAUCGCCAUACUAUUGGUCAACUUUGCCCUCACCAUCUGGAUCCUCCGAGUGAUGUGGUUCGACACGGAUGGCAUGGGACUGCUGGGGGUCCACCCAGACGGAGUCAGGCUAGAGGAAGGAGAGUCGGAGUUCCUUUUGCCGCUCUAUGCCAAUGAGAUCCACUCCAGAAAUGUCUCCUCUCUUCAAGUGACCUCUGAUGAAAAUGUUGUGCUCAACGCACGUGAACCCAACGGUGAUGUGACGGGGAGAAUAUCUGUGGGCCCGACGCAAGUGCAAGGACAAGCUCAGAAUAUGGUCAUUCAUUCUCCCGACGGCCAGAUGCUGUUUAUGGCAGAUGGCAAAGAGGCUGUGGUGGGCACAGGGAAGCUUCAUGUGCUAGGCGCUGAGGGAGCAUUGUUUCAGCACUCGGUAGAGGCGCCUCUGCUCAAAUCAGAAGCGCAGAAAGACUUGAGGUUGGAGUCUCCCACCCGCUCCCUCACCAUGGACGCGCCCAGCGGAGUGCUGCUCAAAGCCAUGUCCGGAAACAUCGAGGCCUCCACCAACAUGGACUUCAUUCUGCAGUCCAGUAAAGGCCUGCUGGUGCUGGACGCCGAGACGGUGCGCAUGCCCAGCCUGCCGCUGAGCGGAGACGCAGUGUUCGGGGACGCCCAGGGUCUCUAUGAGGUGUGCGUGUGUCCCAGCGGCAAACUGGUCCUGUCCGAGGCCAGGGUCACCUCCACCUGCAGUGAGAGGCAGGACUGCUAGACCGGGUCCUGACAAGCAGAGCCAUUAGUGUGUCAUCCAAGGCUUCUGGGGACGCGCUUGGGACUAAGUGAGCACGAGUGUUUAUAUAUAUCACCGCGUUUACCCUCAGAACAAUAAAUCAUCCCGGUUCACGGCUUCAGAGAUACAAGAUAUUCUGGUGCAAAUGUCUCUGAGGCUUAGCCAAAGUCUUUGCGAAGGGCGACAGGUGUUUUGAUAGCUUUUCAGUAUUCGACUUUACUCUCACUGUACCAAAAGCAAAUGGCUUACUCCUGCAGUGGAGGUGUUUCAAAGAUGUAGUUGUGUUUUUUCUACAGUGUAACGGCUGGGCAACAAGGAGCUGCUGAACAGCUUAUAUCCUAUGCAAUAUGUUUUUUAGUGCAAUACAUUAGAAGUUGCACGUGUUAAGGGCUUGGAUUGAUUAUUUUCAAAGUAAAGGCCGAGUUUAAGCGGAUGGGAAUGUAGGGUAGUUAAAGUGUAUUGAUUUAUCUUCUAGCGCCUGUUAUGCUGUGUUUGUGAUGGGCAAGGUUUUUAUGUAUCCUGGAAAAAAGCAUGCUAGGAAAUAUGCCAUAUUAGUUAGUCUGAUUUACACUUUUGUGUACAUCACCAUCUUUUAAAUCUCAAAUAAAAAUGUAUUUUUAAUUACAAUUAACGAUUGUUAUAUGAAAUAAACAUUGUCGGGCCUCCCCUUGUUAGAUUGUGUAAUUUGCCUCUUUUGGUUUGCUGAGUUUUGUGUAUGUUUUGCCUCACUUUAUUCGUUAUAUUUUAUAAUGCAACAUGUUUGUUUUUUUCAAGAAAGAUCAUGUUAAAAUGUCUUGUUUGUAUACCAUUGUGUUUACAAAGGCUAUAACAGGAAAUAGGCCUACAGAGUGUAUGUAUAUUGUUGUAUGUCAGCAUUGAACAUAACAUAAACAGAACAUGGUCUUAUAUUUGCCUUUGUUUGGUUUAUCAUUAAUACAGGACUUUAUUUAUACAUUUGUUGUGACACUGGGAUUUUUUUAGCUUGUUGCAACUGUGGGCCUACUUGAUACUUUUAUGUCUAUAGAGUUAACGUAGGCCUAAAGUAUUAGGUCUGUUUUGAGGGUCAAUUAUUUUGAUUAUUUGAAUGUUGAUGUAUUUAUUCAAGUUUGUGUGUGAAUAAAUAAAAGUGUUAC